AUGAAGCUCUUUGUAUUAUUAAGUGUUGUGGCUAUAGCGGCAUGUGUUCCAGUGGCGCAGGAAGACUCAGUGAUGAAAUCGGUGAUCGGAAACUUUAUGGAUUGCAUGAACAGUGAUUUAAACAUGUGUUUGAAGGAACACGCUCUAAAGGCCACUGAAAGAUUGGGGACCGUGAGAAAAUUAAAUAUCUUCGAAGGAGUCACCCUCUACAACAAUGGACCUAAAGAAGCAAGAAGCUUUGAACCUCUAGCUACCGAACCUGAAUUAAGAAGUAGACAGAUUAAUGAGAGGUUAUGGGAGAGCACUUCGGAUCUUCUGCAAAGAAGCGAUUUGGAACUGAGUUUCAAUGGAUCCGACGACGAUGAAGAAGAGUCUAGGUCCAUCGAUGAAGCCGAAGGCCGAGGCAAAAAGAAGAAGCAGAUCAAGAAGAAGCUGAAACUGCUCAUUCCCCUCGCCAUCUUGGCCAAGGUCAAAGCGGUCGCUCUCGUAGUACUGGCCCUCCUCGUGAUCGCAGCGUCGCUGUUCAAGCUCGCCCUGCUCGCGAAGAUCGCCUUCAUUGCCAAGGUCAUCGCCAUCGUCAAGGCCCUUAUCGCCAAGAAGCACGCCCAGGAAGAGCACACGUGGGUCACCGCCCACGAGGAACACCCUCACACAGGUUGGGAAGGCGGUUGGUCCCGUUCAAAGAACGACGCCAAUAACCUGGCGUACUCCGCAUAUAGCCAA